AUGGAUCGGUGCAAAGAUCGUGUUGCUCUCGUUACUGGAGCCUCUGUUGGAAUAGGAGCGUCUGUAGCAGAAAAGCUAGUGGAAUAUGGCACGAUGGUUGUAGGGUGUGCGAGGAACGUAGCCAAAAAUUUGCUAUCGAGCAAUGCAGAGAAGCUGAAGAAAUGUGACGGAAAACUAGUUUCAGUGAAGUGUGAUCUAAGGAAAGAAGAAGAAAUUCUAGCAAUGUUUGAGUUGAUCAAAAAGGAGUAUGGAGGUGUAGAUGUUUGUAUUAACAAUGCAGGAUGUACUGUUGGUCCAGACAGUAUUUUGAAUGGCUCAACUGACAGCUGGAGGACACAGUUUGAUGCAACUGUUUUGGCAUAUGUUCUCUCGAGUCAAUGAAGCAAAUGCGUGAAAAGAAUGCAGAUGACGGACAAAUUGUCAAUGUGUCUAGGUAAAGUCGCAUCGAUCUCCAGUAAUAAUUUUUUUAAAGAUGAUGUGGGUGUUGCAUGUUGUAUUGCAUGGUGUGUAACAUGUCAGGACUUCACCUUCCUCCAUCAUUUCUACUCAAGUACCAAGCAUGCUGUGAAUUUAAUGCAAUCACCGAAGCAACAAGACGAGAGCUACGAGAGAUAAGAGUUGCUAUGAUGUCUCCUAGACUUGUAAGAACAGAGUUUCAAGGCACAAUUAAUGCUAGGAGAUAUAGGUCUAAAGGAGAGCAAAUUUUUACUUCCCAUGAACAGGUACUUGAAGCUGAUGAUAUAGCUUCACUAGUCAUAGCAAUUCUUCAGACUCCUCUUCAUGUUACCAUACAGAUUCAUGACAUCCUUGUACAGCCAACAACAUUAGUAUUUUAAACAUCUUGGAUGGCAAUGUGGUACAGCAACUUUAUGUUUGUGGAACAGUUACCUCUGCUUGUUAACAGAAUGAUAGCUUAAUUACUCAUUAAAGAACGUUGAAUAUCUUUUGGUGUGAUAAGUAAUAGAGUUUAAUGGCAUAGCAAAAUUAAUGAAUCUUGAUAAGAAAUUGCUUACCUAGCUGUUGUACGGGUUGGGUUUUUUAAUACUAAAGCAUCAU